AAUAAAUAAUUUUAAAAAUCAUAUGUUUGUUAGUUGGUACCUUAGAUAUUACUGUUCGUAGAAUAGAAUCGAUAGGGAUUUUGGGACGAAAAUGGAGGGCGAAGAAAGUGAGGAAAAGCAUGCGGAAACUAAACUUGAAACGACUUCACUGCCGGAUGCAGGAGAAGACCGGCCUUUCAGGUUGGAAAUAAGUUACGUCUACACGAGAGUUAGGAAAAAUUUCGGACGCCCGUUGCGACUCACUCCCAUGGCGCCGAAAUUUCUGGUCCAGAUGCCCCCGAACGAUGAACUGAAGGAGCUGCACAUCAGACUGGAACCUGCUCCGAUCAGCACGCAGGUCGAACUUCAAAUGUCCGCUCACGAGGUAGAUGCUCAAGCGACUCCUUACACGAGAAGAACACAAAAACACGUCGAGGGAGGCUAUCCGAUCGAAGUCAACACGGCCGACUUGGACAUGGUCGUUAGGUACCAAAAGAAACAGGGAAAAGGAGAAGAGCUCUUCAGAGUCUUACCUAUUCUUAUAGGAAGGAUGGAAAGGUGCCUGAAUCAAAACAAUUCCACGGAUUUGUAUGAACGGUAUUUCACACCUCCGCAUUUCGAGGAGGAAGCUCCGAAUCGUCCUCUGAAAGUGAAAACUGUGUACACGUUUAAAGACCCCAUGACGCCUUUUCGGCCCACUGUGGACGUCGCUUGGGAGCCAGGGAGCGAGGUCCGACUAGCUUCGGCACACUGCGUGCUCGAUUUCGGUAGAGUCGAUUACACGAGAGACACCUACUCCUACGUUUGGAACCUAAUGAAUCCGAACAGGCCGGAGUUGGUUCUCGACGCUGGUAUGCAGACGUCCUGCCUUGAAUUUAACCCAAAAGAAAAGCGGAUAAUCUGCGGAGGGCUUUGUUCCGGGCAGAUGUGCUUCUGGGACACGAGGAAAGGGUCGAAGCCCGUAGCGUUCAGUAACAUUUACGAAUCAUUCCGAGACAUACCGACAUGUGUUUUAUGGAUUAAUUCUAAAACGGGAACUGAAUGUUUCUCAUCGGCGAGUGACGGUCAGGUGCUUUGGUGGGACACGAGAAGCUUGAAAGAACCCAUAGACAAAUUGCUUUUGGAUCUAUCAAAAUCAGAUGAACAGUUGUUCCCACGAGCCACUGGCAUUUCGAAACUCGGAUACGAACACACCAUGCCAAACAAAUUCAUGGCAGGCACAGAAAACGGGAGUUUAGUCGUGUUGAACAGGAAGGGUAAAACCCUUAAUGAAAAAGUCGGAACGAUUUUCAACUGCCACCACACUCCAAUCAGAGCUUGCAAAAGGAAUCCAGGAUAUCUGAAAAUCUUUAUGACUGCUGGUGAUUGGAGAGUGAAGAUUUGGUCAGAAGAUUGCAAAGAGCAAGAAAUAUUUUCAACUAGGUAUGAAACUACUCAGAUUGCUGGUUGUACAUGGGCUCCUAAUCGAGGGUCUGUCUUUUACGUGGCCAAAAAAGAUGCGUCGUUAGACGUGUGGGACCUGUUGUACAAGACAGAUGUACCUAUGAUAACUCAUAAAUUAGGAACUGUGCCUUUCACUUGUCUCAAAGAAAACGAAGAUGGGACCCAUUUGGCCAUCGGCGACGAAAAUGGCAACACUAAUCUCGUCGAAAUGUCUGACCAUUUUACAGAAAUGGACAAAGCCGAUAGGGCACAUAUCAACGGGUACUUUGACCUGGAAGGACAUAGGGAGAAGUUGAUCGAGGCGAAGAACAGAGAAGUCAGAUUAAGAGCGAGGACUGCUGGCGAGGAAACAGAAAAACCGAAAAUGCCGAUUAUGGAAAUGAGAACCAACGCUUUCGUCGAAUUUAAUCAACGCUUGGAAAAAUUUGAAAUGGAUUUGAAUAGUCGCAUUGCGAGCAACAUGGAUAUGAGUAGUGUUAACAUUCAUGAGAAAUCGUCGACGAUCGGUGAUAGAUCGAUCUCCAUCGGUGCCGAUAAAUCAUUUCCAUCCACCACGUCUGCAUGAAGAGGCGACGAUCUCAUGAAUGGACAGAACAGAAAUCCCUUGUCCUAUCCCAAUAAGAAGUGAAAAUAAAACUCUACUCAUAAA